AAAAAACAGGAGCAAGAUCUGAGUUCACGGCCUGUGUUGUUCCUGUCCCUCCCCCGUCCAGGUACAUGGUGCGGGUCCGAGCUGUGGUGAUGGCCCGAGAUGACUCCAGUGGAGGCUGGCUGCCUGUGGGGGGCGGGGGCCUCAGCCAGGUGAGCGUUUGUCGGGUCCGAGGGGCCAGGCCCGAGGGGGGGGCCCGCCAGGGGCACUACGUCAUCCACGGGGAGCGGCUUCGGGACCAGAAAACGACCUUGGAGUGUACCCUGAGGCCAGGCUUGGUUUACAACAAAGUGAACCCCAUCUUCCACCACUGGAGCCUGGGCGACUGCAAGUUCGGGCUGACGUUUCAGAGUCCUGCGCAGGCUGAUGAGUUCCAGAAGAGCCUGCUGGCUGCCCUGGCUGCGGUGAGCCGAGGCUCGCUCACUCCCUCCUCUUCCUCUUCCUCCUCCUCCCCUUCCCAGGACACUGCGGAGACCCCCUGCCCUCUAACGUCCCACGUGGACAGCGACUCCUCCUCCAGUCACAGCCGCCAGGAGACCCCUCCCACAGCUGGCGCUGCCGCUCCCAUAGUCACAGUGGAGUCAGCAACGGCUUUCACACCGGCCACGCCCCCACAACAUCGCCGCUCCUCCGCUCAGAGCUACCCACCGCUUUUGCCGUUCACUGGGAUUCCAGAACCCUCAGAGUCUCUAGCCAGAGCAGGGAGCCAGGGCUGGGGAGGCCGAGGCUAUGAGGACUACCGAAGAUCUGGACCAGCGCCACCACCUCUUGCCCUGUCCACCUGCGUCGUACGCUUCGCCAAGACUGGUGCAUUGAGGGAUGCAGCCCUGGGUCCCCCCGUGCCACUCCCUGCCCCUCUCACCGAGGCUGCACCCCCAGCACCCCCUGCUCGUCCACCCCCGGGGCCGGGCCCCACCCCUGCUCCAGCCAAGACCUCCCCAGAGGCUGAGGAGGCUGCGCGCUGUGUGCACUGCCGAGCACUCUUCCGCCGCCGUGCAGAUGGGCGUGGUGGUCGCUGUGCAGAAGCCCCAGACCCAGGUCGGCUGCUUGUGCGCAGGCUCAGCUGCCUGUGGUGCGCAGAGAGCUUGCUGUACCACUGCCUGUCAGACGCCGAGGGUGACUUCUCGGACCCCUGUGCUUGUGAGCCAGGCCACCCGCGCCCUGCUGCGCGCUGGGCGGCUCUGGCGGCGCUGUCCCUGGCAGUCCCCUGCCUCUGCUGCUACGCACCCCUGCGCGCCUGUCACUGGGUUGCGGCGCGCUGCGGCUGUGCGGGCUGCGGGGGUCGCCACGAGGAGGCUGCACGGUGAGGAUCAUUGGGCUGGUUUGGAAGUCAGUCGGAAAACAAACAAACAAACAAACAAAUCAAAGGUCCAAGACCCUGAUCUUCAUACGAACCUAAAACUCAAACGUAGGCACAUCUGGGACUUGGAACUUGGAUGGAUUUGAGAGAUCCCAGAUCUGGUACCGGGAUCUCAAACCUAGGACUGAGAUCCCAGACCCAGCUUCACCAGGAUGUCUGUCAAGGG